ACAGGUCGGGUAUUGAGAAACGUACAUUUAUGAAUAUAAAACUUAGCCAAUAGUAUAAUGAGGUUGCAAAGGUAAAAUGCCUUUUUCAAAUUUUUUUCAUUUCAUACAUAUCAUUAGUCAUACGAGCACUUUAUAAGGGGCGUCGUGUGUGACGUCAUCACAACGCGACGGUGUUUACGUUUGCAAAAGUGCGCCAUCGUCAAACGGCUGAAAUCAACACCAAACCCUCACGGCUAACCACACGGAGGAAUUAUUUUACAGUACUGUCCUCUUUUCUGCCACAAAGUAAGAACAGUGAUUGUUGGAUUAUUGGAAGUUUAAACCUGGUCUAGCUCUGAGAAUCAUGGAUAGUGAAAUUCAGCGAGACGGCAGAGUUCUGGAUCUGACAGACGACGCAUGGAGGGAAGACAGGCUGCCCUAUGAGGACGUCACCAUCCCUCUGAGUGAACUCCCUGAGGCUGAGCAGGACAACGGGGGAUCCACGGAGUCGGUGAAGGAGCAGGAGAUGAAAUGGACGGACCUUUCCCUGCAGAGCCUGCACGAAAACACUCCGAACACUGGGAGUUGAAUCACCACUGACUGGACUUGGACUGUGGAACCAUAGCACCAGCUACGUUCAACCUCACCUGGUUUGAUGUUAGUGCAUUGAAAUAUAGUCUGACUGUUUGUACUUUUCUGGCGCAGUCACUUAAUAAGUGCUGCAUGCUGUUCUUAAGCUUGUGAAAUGUCUUUUAAGCGAAGGUCUUGCUAUUUAAUAAGUCAUAGAGGAGUGUCUAACAUGUUUAUACAGCAUUAAACAUGUACACUAAUGGUUCUUUGGUUUGACAUGUUGCAGGACAAAGCUACUAAACACAUUUCAGUCUUUUCAGUCUUCUGUGAGACUGUUCUCCAUGGUCACUUUUUCCGUGCCGUCUCUGUUGCGAUUUGACGGAUGUGAUCAUGUGGUCCGUUCCCCUGGAGGACCGAGGGGUGUCUGUAGGAGCCUCCAAGACGAUCCCAGAGUGUGAAGUACUGUCCGUAGUUGUAGUUGAAGAAGAGGUGAUGGUCCACGUGAUGGGCAGCGCCGUUUAUGAGAUGUAUCAAAGGGCCGGGGAUCCGGUAGUCGCCGUCGUGUAUGGAAAUGGUCCAGAUAUUGACAAAGACGAAGAGAGCCAGGUAGACGGCCUUGUGGAGCGGGAAGAUGAAAGGGUAGAUGUGGUAGGGUAAGCUCUGCAGGAAGCCGUCCAGCGGGUGGAAGGCGUGACUUGCAAACGGCGUGGGGAUUUUGAACAAAUGAUGUUGUUUAUGUAAGUACUGGGGGGAAGAAAGAUGAAUAAACAAGACUCAAAGGUGGUUCAGUCAACAUCCAGAGGGUAAAGGAACAUUUUGGAAUGUCUUAGGGCAAAUUUUUUGGCAUAAGUCAACAACAAAUAAGUACAAAAGCACCUAGCAAAGCACAGUAUUUGUUGUGUGGCAAGCAACAGUUUCUGCAAUCAGCGGUGUGACAAUUGGCUUUUUCGAUUCGAUUCAGAAUUUGUGGUUGCCGACAGGAUUCAGGGACAAUAUAUAUAUAUAUAUUUUUUUUUUAGAACGAUUAAUCCAAAACCAUAUAGUGAGUUUUAGUAUUUUUUUGCAGCCAAC